UUAACAUGGCCCGAAUGAACCGCCCAGCUCCUGUGGAAAUCACUUACAAGAAUAUGAGAUUCCUUAUCACUCACAAUCCAACCAAUGCAACCUUAAACAAGUUCAUAGAGGAACUUAAGAAGUAUGGAGUUACUACAGUAGUAAGAGUAUGUGAAGCCACUUAUGAUACUGCUCCAGUAGAGAAAGAAGGCAUUCAGGUUUUGGACUGGCCCUUUGAUGAUGGAGCACCACCAUCUAUCCAGAUUGUUGAUGAUUGGCUGAACCUCCUAAAAGUUAAAUUUCGUGAAGAGCCUGGUUGUUGCAUUGCUGUACACUGUGUUGCUGGUCUUGGAAGAGCACCUGUAUUAGUUGCCCUUGCACUCAUUGAAUGUGGAAUGAAGUAUGAGGAUGCAGUGCAGUUCAUAAGACAGAAGCGACGUGGAGCCUUUAACAGCAAGCAACUUCUCUAUUUGGAGAAAUACCGUCCCAAAAUGCGCCUACGUUUUAAAGAUUCAAAUGGUCAUCGAAACAACUGUUGCAUUCAGUAAAAACCAAGCUGCCUAUGUUGUUGCUUAGGAAAGUAGAAAUCUAAAACUAGAAUUGGCAGGUUAUAUGAAAAACUACAUGUAUGUCUUAAACUAGGCUACUAAAUUUCUAUAAGAGUAGGCCACAGUGUUGGCAGAGCAACUUUGUUUAGAUGAUGAUCUUUUUUAGAAUAAGAACUGUACAUGGCCUUUUAAAAUGUCUUAUUAGUAAUUUGUAUCAUUAAACUAUCCUUAAUCAUGUAUUUCAGUUUUUCUUGUCAUUGAAGUCCCAGUAAUCAAAAUCUCCCAUGACAUGGAUAGAGAUUAGGUGCCAAAAGCCCAGCACAUUACUUCUGAAUACCACAGUAUAGUUCAUAGUAAUGACAGCUAUCUGGACCUUUGCCCUAUUCCUGUCUGUCUUCUAUUUUUGUGAAUAGGGCUUUGUACAAUAAUCUGCCUAUUCACAAUGUUUUGUCUCUCACAAUCACAAUAGAACAAGUAUCAGGAUUUGCACACGAUUUACUGACUUAAAUCACUUCUGGUGCCCUAAACCUUUGUUGAUUAACCCUCUUCAUCCACAUAUUUUCUCUGGUAACUCAUAGAAAAUAAUCCUUCAUUCUGUACAGAAGCACACAAGUCUUGUCUCCAGACAAAAAGCCUUACAGUUAAAUAAAUAUUGGCACUUAAUGUGCAACUUACAACAGAGGGCCUGUAAAAGGAUGGGAGGGGACUAAUAUUUCUAGUAAAAAUGUUGCCUUUUGUCUUGUGCAGGAAGUAUAGAAUAUGCCCUUUACUUUGGUAAAUAAUUUUUUAAUGUAGAAAUGCUUUAUUGUAGCUGAAAAUUCUUAAUCAUAAAUUUUUUGAAGAUAGUGUAAUUUCUUUUAUUGUACUUAUUGAAAGUUGUUUACCAACUAUUGCUUUGCUAGAAGUGACUUGGUUUUGUUUUUCCUUCAGUUUCUGCCAUGAAUCUGGCAGACACACUGUAAUAUUUCGUAUGCCUUUUGAGCUGCGUAACUUAAUAUUUGGAUACGUGAUAAUUUGUUAUGUAAUUGAUAAAAUGGUGGUGUGUAUUAAUGUUCAAGCAUAUAUUUAUACUGUCUUGGGAAUGUGUGGUUAUAGUACUGUGGGAGAAAUAAUUUGCCAGUGUUCACCAGCUUGUAAAAUCUAGUGUGAGAGCUCAAUCAUCUAAAUAAACUCAAAGCUGUA